UCAAUACCUGCCAUUUGUAAAAUGUUUACAAAACAUUUUCGUCGAAAAUCUCCGAAUUGCUGUACACGGAUAAAUUCCCACAGAAACCGUUCCAGCUAUACACCAGCCUGCAGUUCGAAUUGUAGAAAAAUGAACGUCACCAGUUCAAUCCGAAUGUCAACAUUUAUUGUUUUCAUAAUUUUAAGUGUUUUAGUUAAUAAGAUAACAGCCAUUGGUAACUUUGAAUUAGAAAUAUUAGAAAUUUCAAAUACAAAUAACCAUUUAUUAUCGGGUUAUUGCUGUGGUGUUCCUUUAGAAAUAAGAAGUACAAAAACAACAGGUUGUCCGCCGUGUUCAACAGCAUUUCGUUUGUGCCUUAAGGAGUAUUCAGCAGCCGAACAAGGUACACCCAGUAUAUCAACGGGAUGUUCGUUUGGCAAUACAACGACGGGGAUAUUAGGUGGUUCCAGUUUUGUGCUCAGCGAUCCGGUUCGAGGUGCCAUGAUAUUGCCAUUUACAUUUCGAUGGACGAAAUCCUUUACAUUAAUUCUUCAAGCACUAGAUAUGUACAAUGUUUCAUAUCCGGAUUCCGAAAGGUUAAUUGAAGAAACAUCAUUCUCCAGCGUCAUCCUACCAUCGCCCGAAUGGAAAACAUUGGAUCAUAUCGGUCGAAAUGCCCGAAUUACCUAUCGUGUCAGAGUUCAGUGUGCAGCUACCUACUACAAUACGACGUGUACGACAUUUUGCCGAUCACGUAACGAUCGCUUUGGUCACUACGACUGUGGGCCGCAGGGCGAAAAGAUCUGUUUGAACGGUUGGACGGGUGACAAUUGUGAAAAGGCCAUAUGCAAACUGGGCUGUGACCCCGUCCAUGGGAAAUGUGAUAAGCCGGGUGAAUGCGAUUGUCGACCUGGCUGGCAGGGUCCGUUGUGCAAUGAAUGUGUCGUCUAUCCGGGCUGUAAGCAUGGCUCUUGUUACGGUGAGGCCUGGACAUGUAAAUGUGAUACAAAUUGGGGUGGCAUUUUGUGCGAUCAAGAUUUAAAUUACUGCGGCACACAUGAACCCUGCAAACAUGGCGGCACUUGUGAGAACACAGCACCUGAUCACUUUCGCUGCACAUGCGCCGAGGGCUUAGCUGGGGAACGUUGUGAAAUCAUAGAGCAUCCAUGUGCAACGCAGCCAUGCAAGAACGGUGGUACCUGUACGAUAAAGGAAUCAUCAGCCACAAUGCGAAAUGGCUCUGGAUUACCAUCAUCAUCUUCGUCAGCAUCCUCAUCUUCGUCGUCAUCAUAUCGAGUUAUGCGUGACUUAAGUUCGGCCAUGGGGAAACCAGUUAAUAGACGCAAUUUGCCGCAGCUAGGAUUAAAUUCAGGAUCACCGACAUCGUCAGCGGCAUUGUUGUCAGCGUUGUUGUAUGGCCAUAGCAAUGCAACGGCCGCCGCAACAACAAACGAAUCUAGCCAUCAUAAUGCAGCCACAACUACGUCGAAUAGCCACAGCCAUCAUCAAAUUCCACCAGUUUCGGAAUUCACUUGCGAUUGUGUACCCGGUUGGACUGGUCCAACAUGUGAAAUAAAUAUCGACGAAUGUGCCGGUGGACCUUGCGAGCAUGGUGGCACUUGUAUUGAUCUAAUCGGCGGUUUCCGUUGUGUUUGUCCCACCGAAUGGACAGGCGAUGUAUGUCAAAUGGAUGUAAACGAAUGCGAAAUGAGUUAUCCUCCACCAUCGCAGCAAAAAAAUGCCGGAGUGGCCUCCUCGUCCAGUUCAAGUACUUCAUCGUCCACUUCAUCCACCUCCUCGACCCUUGGCAAUUUUACAUUGGCCAACAUGAUGGGACCCUGUGUAAAUGCCCGCCAAUGCCUUAAUCUGCCCGGCUCGUUUUCAUGCGUUUGCCUUGAGGGUUGGGGUGGUCCAACGUGUGCCACCGAUUUCGAUGAUUGCGUGGGCCAAUGCAAAAACGGUGCCACUUGCCGAGAUUUGGUUAAUGAUUAUCGCUGUUUGUGUGCAACUGGAUUUACAGGUCGUGAUUGUGAAAUCGAUAUUGAUGAAUGCGCUAAUUCGCCGUGUCGUAAUGGUGGCGAAUGUGUGGACAUGAUUGGUAAAUUCAAUUGCAUUUGUCCGCUGGGAUAUUCCGGUACAUUAUGUGAGGAGGCCAAUGACCAUUGUACACCGUCACCCUGUUUGGAGGGCCGCUGCUUGAACACACCAGGUAGCUACUAUUGUCACUGCCCACCGGGAAGAGUGGGCAAGCACUGUGAACAGAUACGACCGCUCUGCAAUCAGCCACAUUGUAAUGAUGGAUGUUUCGCCAAUGCCACCAUCAUUGAUUCAUCAAAAAGUUUGCCCUGUUCGGGACAUGGCACAUGCGAAAUGGUUGAUGUGGGCACCUUUUGUAAAUGUCAUGCUGGCUAUACGGGAACGUUUUGUGAGCACAAUCUUAAUGAAUGUUCGCCAAAUCCCUGCCGCAAUGGUGGUAUAUGUCUAGAUGGUGAUGGUGAUUUUACAUGUGAAUGCCCUUCUGGCUGGACAGGCAAACGUUGUUCGGAACGAGCCACCGCCUGUUAUCCGGGUCAGUGCCAAAAUGGUGGUACCUGUGUUCCAGGCUCCCCUGAAAAGGGCUUACAUUCACAGUGUCGUUGUGCUCCCGGAUGGGAUGGAACAUAUUGUACAGAUCCAAUUGAUCAGUGUCGGGGACAGCCAUGUCAUAAUGGUGGCACUUGUGAGUCGGGAUCAGGUUGGUUCCGCUGCAUUUGUGCUCGUGGCUUUUCGGGACCAGAUUGUCGCAUUAAUGUCAAUGAAUGUUCCCCGCAGCCAUGUGAGGGUGGGGCCACCUGUAUCGAUGGUAUUGGGGGGUAUACUUGUAUUUGUCCACCCGGAAGGCAUGGUUUGAGGUGUGAGAUAUUAUUUUCCGAUUCCAAAUCGUCCUGCAUAAACAGCAGUUCGGCCUCUUUGUCACCCUAUCCCUCGUUGAACAAAUCCCAAGAUAUUUUGUCGCAACUUCUCACAGGCCAAACGAGCGAGUAUUGCAAUGCCUGCCUGUGUGAAAAUGGCACCUCGAGAUGUACGAAUUUGUGGUGUGGCCUGGCAAAUUGUUUCCGCGCCAAUACCAAUUCGAAGUCUUCCAAUUUCUCGGGUCUCUGUAAGCCUCACGAGGUUUGUGUACCCACUUUGGCGGAAAAUUGUCUCAAUGGGCCAUGUGCCCUGAGAGGAGACUGCAGGGCCUUGGAGCCCUCACAUCGUGUAGAGCCACCACGUUUGCCAGCCAAAUCGGAUUGCUGGCCAAAUCAGGCUGUACUGAAUGACAACUGUGCCCGCUUGACAAUACUCCUCGAUCGUCAACGGGUGGGUCCAGGCUCAUCUGUUGAGGGCCUAUGUUCGGUGCUGAGAUUUUUAUUGGCCUCACGCAUGGUUAAAUUGCCCAAGAGUGAAAAGCAGGAGGGUAUGUUGAUAAUUAUUUGUGACAUCAAAACGGGGACCAAUGAUACCAUAGAGGUUACAGUGUCCUCCACCUUGGCAAAUGACUCCCAGCUGCCCACUGCAAUUAGCCUGUUGGGUGAGUUAUUAUCCUCACGCCAGAGCAACGAUUUACCUCCCGCGAAACAUGAGUUACGUUCCAUAAAAUUGGCUGCCUUGGUUUCCAUAUUGGAGGUCAAGGUGGAAACGGCAUUGAUUGCUGAAGGCAACAGCAACAAUUUGUUAAUUGGAAUUCUGUGUGGCAUUUUCAUUGUCCUCGUCGGACUGGCCAUAUUCCUUAGCCUGUUUUGGCGUCAACGCAUGGUCAUGUCUUCAAACUCCGGCAUAAAUAUGGCCACAUCCCAGGAUCCUCUGCGCCACGAUGAGGAAAAAUCAAAUAAUCUACAAAAUGAGGAAAAUCUGCGACGCUAUACAAAUCCCCUUAAGGUGAGCACUUCAUCGUUGGGCCGUGUUAAUGGCAUGGAAUUGAGUUUAAAUCCCUCCCCGGAAAUUGCCAGUGUAAGCCCCGCCUCCACAUCUGCCACAUCGGGUGUCCACAGUCGUAGUGUUCCACCUCCCCUAUAUCCAGAAUCAAAUUUUGAUUGUGAUUUGGAAACGACACAAAAAUCCAAGGAGUUCCAAUCGAAACGUACAUCACAAAUCCUCUUGCAUAAAACUCAAAAUUCCGAUAUGAAAAAGAAUACGGUUGGUUCCAUCGACAGUCCGAGAAAAGAUUUUGGUAAACGUUCAAUAAAUUGUAGAGCAAUGCCGGUGCAGGCACCACCAGUGGCCACCGUGACACCGGUGCCGGUUGCCACGACAACGACAACCCAGGCAACAAUAACAACAGCUACGACGAACCCAGAUGAUUCGGAAAUUCUAACAGUUCUAGUGUAGUGUUGAGGUCAGCAUGGCGUCCCCACUCUUCUCCCUCAUUGAAAUUGAUUUUUUUUUCGGAAGGAAGAAGGGGGAUGCUGGUUUAUUUUACGCUCACUCAAAGUGUUUGUGCUUAAAAUAAGUGUAUACAAAAAUUGUUUAAGUAUUUGUAAUUUUUUUUUUUAGAUUGUGAUGCUAGAACUGUUAGGACCAAGUUGUAGAAUCUGAACUGCGAUGUUAGGGGCAUAAUAGAGUUGGGCGAUUAAUGUUAGUUUGAAUUAGACAAUAACGGAAUUACAGCAUUUGCGGCGACAGUGUCACUCCAUGCUGUUUUGUUUUGGAUUUUAUGUUGGGCGCCACGGAGUAGUGCAAAAACCCUGUCCAUAUAAUUUAAUGUUUGAAAAUUAAAUUUACACAAAUGAAAUCUACCCCCGGAGUGCAUACCUUAAGGUUUUAUUUAUCAACUUGCAAAAUCGAAGUCAAUUUCUGCUUAUAUGUAAUGUCGACUUUAUGUAAUCGGUUUUCGGUCAAUGGGGUUUAACGGGAUUUUUAAUUUUCAUGAACCCCAAAAAGUAUGCAAUGAUUAAAGUUAUGAAUGCUCAUGUUAUAAUCCUCGUUAAUAAUGCUCAUGAAAAGUCGAAAAAAUACAGGGUGAGUUGAAAAAACUGCAACCAAAUUCAGACUGC